AUGUUAAAUUUUGUUGAAAUUAAUGUAUUUGGUUUGCCAAUUACUAUUGGAAAAUCAUUACUGAAUAAUGGUAUCAAAGUAAAAGAUGUUAGUAACUCGGCAGAAGAAUGGUCAUGGCCAGUAAUGCAACGUCCAUUAAAACAAGGCACCUCAAUUGCAUAUGAUCGAUACAGUGGAGUGUACCUUGAUGGUGUUAAAUUAAGUGAAAAUGAUGUCUCUGACGGUUGUUAUGGUUUGAAAAUUGGUAAGUCAUUCUGUAUUGGUGUCUAUUCUUCUGAUGAUGCUGCUAAGAAGUCAAAGAAUGAAAUUGAUACUACAAUCAAUGUUAGUCGUGAAGAGUUUAGUUCUAAAGUUGAUCCUAACAAAAUUAGACGUAUUAUCUUGCAUAGCAAUGGAACUACUGAUAUUCAGUAUAUAAGUUCUGGAAAUGUUAAUCCUGGUAGUUUUGGGGUUGCUCUGGGCUCUUGGUCUACUGUUUUAAGCAGUGAAUGUUUAGAAGUAAGUGAAAGUAAUACUUCAGUGGAUGUUUCUGAAUUAUUCUAA